CAUUCUUCAAACACAUUCUCUCAUUCAUUCUUCUUGAGCAAAACAGUUUAGUUUAAUUCUUCUGCUUAAUUUGUUUUUAUUUUUCGGCCUUCAAUUAUGCCUGAGAAACAACCCCAGUUGAACGGUGCCUAUUACGGGCCGGCCAUCCCACCACCCACCACCCACCAAAAACACUACCACCGUCCCGGCCGUGGCUCAGGAUGCGGUUGCUGCUGCUGCCUCUUCACCUUCUUGCUCAAAAUUAUCCUCUCCAUCAUCGUCAUCGUCGCCCUUGCCGCCUUGAUCGUUUGGCUCAUCUUUCGUCCCAUUAAUCCCAUCAAGUUCCACGUCACCGACGCCCAAUUAACCCAGUUCAACCUCACCUCCAGCAACAACCUCCAGUACAAUCUUUCAGUCAACAUCACCAUCCGCAAUCCAAACAAAAAGAUUGGUGUUUACUACGAUCGUAUCGAAGCCAGGGCUUAUUACGAGGACGCGAGAUUGGAUUCGAAAAUGUUGACUCCAUUUUACCAGGGCCACAAAACCACCAGUGUUUUGAGCACAUCUUUUGAGGGUCAACAGCUUUUGCUUAAUGAAGAUCUUCAAGAUUUUAACCAGGAAAGAACUUCUGGAACUUACUCUGUUGAUGUGAAACUUUACUUGAAGAUUAGGUUCAAGUUGGGGAAGAUAAAGACGCCGAAGUUGAAGCCGGUUAUCAAGUGUGAGUUGAAGUUUCCUGUGGAUUCUGCUCUCACCACUGCUACGAAAUGCAAGGUUGAUUUCUGAUGAUGAGUAGAAGGGAUAUUAUUUAGGGACUUCUCAUUGUUUUUGGAUAUUCUUAUUCUUUUGUUAUUUCCCUGAUACAGAUUAUUUUUUUGUAUUUUUUAUUUGAGCUGUUAUUGCCGGAUUUUGUGAUAGCUUUAUUGUUAUUAUAUAUUAUUUAUGGUCAUAUCUGUUACGUUUUUGUAUGUGAAUAAAUAACGAAUUUAUUUAUUA